AUGGCUGUGGGCAUGACAGAAGCGACCUGCAGUGUCUGCACGCUUGCCCAUUGGACAGGCUUGGUCCUAUCCCUGUGGCCUGCAGCCGCAGUGGGCGGGGCCGGGACCAGCCCAGAGUUGUCGGGAGCUGCUUCUAGGGCAAAGUGGCUGGUGAAUGCAGCACACCGGGUGUGGAGUAGGAAGAACGCUGUGGAGCUGGAACUCGCCAAGUGCAAGAUGGAUAUGAUGUCUCUGAACAGCCAGCUACUGGAUGCCAUUCAGCAAAAACUGAACCUCUCUCAGCAGCUGGAGGCUUGGCAGGAUGACAUGCACAGGGUCAUUGACAGGCAGCUGAUGGACACUCACCUGAAGGAACAGAGCCGGCCUGCUGCUGCUGCCUUCCCUAGGGGCCACGGCGUAGGGCGGGGGCAGGAACCCAGCACCGCAGACGGCAAACGGCUCUUCUCCUUCUUCAGGAAGAUUUAGGUGGGGAUGAGUCUGGCCAUUGAGAAGGGGGGACUAGCGACAGUCUAAAAAGGGUUCCCUCUUAGCUGGAGCCAGGCAGCCACAUUGCCUGCCCACCUGCCCUGGAGCCCAGUUAGCUCCAGAGAGCUCACUCCCUAUGUCAAUGUAAUGGAGACAGAGGUAGGGGGCCUGCCUUGUCCUCUGAAGGCUGCCCCUCACCAAGGGACAGGAAUGAACCUGUCCCCACUGCCCAAGCCAAGCCUCAGCCUGGGCUUUCCCAGGAUCCUGUUAGUGAGCAGGGCUCAGCCACUCAGACCCAGCUGACCACAGUCCACCCUAAAGGCUCUGCUGCCUCCUUGGAAUUUGAACAUGGGGAAGAGAUUAGGGCCUCCUGUGCAUGCCUCAGGAGGCCUGAGCCUCCACUCGAGCCCCAGCUACCAGCCUGGAGUAGGGGAGGCACGGCCCCUCGGCCCCUCACCCGUGUGCAUGCACCUCUGCUGGAGCCCUGCACAGCAGGAGGCCCAGCCUGUGGCUGUGAGGCCUAAGAACCGGGUGUACAAGCUGUGUUGAGGCCAUCCUGUACCCCAGGGAAGGCCAUCUUCUGGCUGCCACCACUCCUCAGCUUCCUCCAGUGCAGUCCUUAUCCCUAGGGAGGCCUGGGCCGGGUAGCAUUCCCAUUGCCCCUGUAGGCUUUAGCCUCCAGACUUCCCCCCUCAUGGGACAGGACUUGUCUUCCACAGCACCCUCCCACCUCAGAUGCAACUUCUUGGCCAACCCGAGCAAGUUGAGGCCACAAGAGCGGCCUGAGGGGCCUGGCUCUCCCACCCUCACACUGAAGGCAGCGUGGGUGCCACAGGGUGGAUGGGGUGAGGCUGCUGGGAGCCUCCAGAUACUGCCCACCAGGCCUCUAAGGGACAAAGCCCUAAGCCUGCUGCUUCUGCUCCUUCUGCAGCAGCCCCCUCCCCAUCUCUGCUGAGGCCCCAGCCCAGAGGCUGUGGGUCCGGCCUGCAGCUGCUCACCACUUUCUGAGCCUCCUGCCCUCCACGGGAAAAGCACAGCAGGGCUGAGCGGAAAGAAUGUACUUAUAGAUAUGUACAUACCACAGUGCUGUAAUUUUGUAUGUAGCAAUUGUGUAAAUACACGUAUGGAUUUUAUAAUACACACAUAUAAAUCUAUAAAGGCAUAUUUUUAGAAAAACAGCGCACCACUGCUUCUUUUGAAAAUAGUCUGAAUAAGAAUAAAAUGAAUUUCUACAGA